AUGGUGGACGCAAUGGAAAUAGAAGAAUCGUCGCAUGCUGCUGAAGAGGAAGAUAAACACGAUGCUGAUGUAAUUGAAGACGAUGAAGAUGAAGAUGUCGAGGACUUGCUCGAGUGGAUGGAAAGCGCCAAGGCUGGAAACACUGUGAAAUUGCUUCAAGAUGUCAUGGAAUCCCCAAAGACUGGACCAAAGGCUACCCAAAUCAAAGAGAAGGCUGUCUAUGAAUUGACACGUGCCUAUUGCGCUCAAAAGCAGUACUCCGCAAUUGUUGGAUUCCUCGAGAGUUCUACCUUUUUCCGAAAGGUAACCAAAGCCAAGUGUGCCAAGGUGGUUCGUCAAGUUUUAGAUAUCGUCGUCGGCUUGGCGCCUCUUGCUUAUGAUAUGCAAAGAGAAAUCUGCGAAAAGAUUAUUGCAUGGUGCCAGCGAGAAAAGCGAACCUUCCUCCGACAAAGAGUGGAAGCCAAGUUGGCUGCUAUUCUGUUCCACGAAAACAAGUAUGGUGAUGCUUUGGAACUCAUUGAUCGAUUGCUAUCCGAACUCAAAAAGAUUGACGACAAGCAACUUCUUGUCGAAACUCAUCUUAUGGAAUCCAAGAUUCAUUUUGGUUUGAGAAAUGUACCAAAGGCCAAGGCUGCAUUGACUGCUUCCAGAACCUGUGCGAAUGCCAUCUAUGUCGCACCCAGUCUGCAAGCCUCGAUUGAUUCUAUGAGUGGAACCAUCCAUACUGAGGAAAGUGACUACAACACAGCACACUCUUAUUUCUUGGAGGCUUAUGAACAGCUCGACCAAAUGAACGAAAGGGCCCAAGCGGUUCCUUGCUUGAAAUACAUGAUGUUGUGCCGAAUUCUAGACUCGCUUGUCAAGGCAUUGAAGUUGAGUGCCAAGGGAGCCAUUGGGGCUGGUAAAAACGCGACUCUAGAUGCUUCUACAUUGCUCACUUCCAAGCAGGCUGUCAAGUACGCUGGGAGGGAUUUGGAAGCCAUGACUGCUGUUGCCAAGGCUGCCACCACCAGAUCAUUGAAUGAAUUCGAAAAAGUCUUGAAAGCUUACCCCGAAGAACUCCAGAAGGAUCUUCUUAUCAAGCACCACUUGCACAUUCUUCAAGAGCAAAUGCUUGAGAGCAAUCUUAUCCGAAUUAUUGAACCAUAUUCGUGUGUGGAACUUCAACAUAUUGCCGAUCUGAUGGAAUUGGAUCUUCUCGUUGUGGAAAAGAAGCUUAGCCAAAUGAUUCUAGAUGGCAAGUUCCAAGGUAUCUUGGAUCAAGGAAAGGGUCAAUUGGUUGUAUACGAAGAAGGAGAAAAGGAUGGGGCUAUGGACAAGGGACUAGAGGUAUUGGAGAACAUGGACGAAGUCGUCACUACUCUUUUUGAAAGAAGUAAAGCAUUGAGAACGCUCAUGUUGUAA